GACACAGAGAACAUGUCCUCUGACAGAAAGCCUUUGGUGGCAGCCAUUGACUUUGGUACUACGUACAGCGGCAUUGCAUUUUCCUUUAAACAUGACUACGAGAACGACCCUUUGAAGGUCAGAUCCAACAACUGGACAGCAGGCUUCCGGGUUCUGCAGACCCUAAAGACCCCCACCUGUAUUCUGUUCAAUAAAGACAAAGAGUUUGACUCGUUCGGUUAUGAAGCAGAGGAUAAAUAUUCAGAGCUGGCAGAGGAUGAGGAAAAUGAGGAGUUGUAUUAUUUUAAGGGGUUCAAGAUGUCUCUCUUUAACAAAGAGGAACCACUUUCAAAAGCCGUGAAAAUAAAAUCUAUAGACGGGAAGGAGAUGUUGGCUUUGGAUGUGUUUUCAGCGGCCAUUAAAUUCCUGAGGGGUCAGCUACGACAAUCUCUAGAAGAAGAAGGCGCCGGGAUCAGAGAAACUGAUAUUGGCUGGGUCUUAACAGUACCUCCUAUCUGGGACGAUACUGCCAGACAAUUUAUGAGAGAGGCGGCAGUUAGGGCUGGAAUAUCCGGGGACAAGUUACUGAUAGCAAUGGAGCCUGAGGCGGCCUCAUUAUACUGUAAACAUCUCCCCAUAGAGAAACUGCAGGAUGAGGGAGGCGUUCAGGGAUUCGGAGUCUUCUCAACGGAGAGCAAAUACAUAGUUCUGGAUUGUGGAGGAGGAACAGUAGAUAUCACCGUUUAUGAAGUACAACCUGAUCUCAGCCUAAUGGAGUUGUACAAAGCGAGUGGAGGGGCGUGGGGAGGGACUCAGGUAGAUGAGGCCUACAGACAGAUGCUGGUCAAAAUAGUAGGAUCUCCUACCAUCCUUGAGUUUUCCUGCUCAUAUGCAGCUGAUUACGUGGACAUGUAUAGAGAAUUCGAAAUCAAGAAGCGAUCCUUUAAAGGUGACACAAAGGGCAAGGUCACCAUAAGGAUUCCAAUAUCUCCGGUAGAGAUUUUCGAAGAGGACACAGGGCAGGAUAUAAAAGAGACAAUAGAGAAUACCAAGUAUUCAGGAAAAGUUAUGUGGGUUGGGGACAGAUGCAGAAUAACAGCAGAAGUGAUGAAGAGCUUCUUUGAAGUGGCAGGGGAUCAAAUUGUGGAUCAUGUUAGAGAUCUAUUAAAUAAACCGGAGAUCUCAGGAACCAACAACAUUAUAAUGGUCGGCGGAUUUUCUGAGUCACCAAUUCUACAGGACAUGAUCAAGCAAUCUUUCCCUAAUUUGAGAGUUAUUAUUCCCCCCGAACCAGAGCUUGCAGUUCUCAAAGGGGCAGUGAUGUUUGGACACAACCCAGUAACCAUUUAGUCUUA